CAGAGACUGACGUCCUAUUUACACGGGAAGCUCUCCCCGCCAUACAUCGUCAACCUGGAUCCAGCCGUGCAUGAGAUACCGUUCCCUGCCAAUAUAGAUAUCCGUGACACUGUAAACUACAAGGAAGUAAUGAAGCAAUAUGGUCUAGGGCCCAAUGGUGGAAUUGUCACUUCUCUCAACCUGUUUGCUACACGGUUUGACCAGGUGGUGAAGUUCAUAGAGAAGAGGCAGGAGAACUGUCAGUAUGUGCUGAUAGACACGCCGGGACAGAUUGAGGUCUUCACAUGGUCCGCCUCCGGGUCCAUCAUUACAGAGACCUUGGCCUCCUCCUUCCCCUCGGUGGUGGUCUAUGUCAUGGACACGUCACGCAGCACCAAUCCGGUCACUUUCAUGUCCAACAUGUUGUACGCCUGCAGCAUCAUGUAUAAGAGCAAACUGCCAUUCAUUGUGGUCAUGAACAAGACUGAUAUAAUCGAUCACAGCUUUGCUGUGGAAUGGAUGCAGGACUUUGAGAGCUUCCAGGAUGCUCUGAACCAGGAGACGUCCUAUGCCAGUAACCUGACUCGUUCCAUGAGCCUGGUUCUGGAUGAGUUCUACAAUGCUCUGCGGGUUGUCGGGGUCUCGGCAGUGACGGGUGCUGGAAUGGACGAGUUCUUUGUGAAGGUGUCUGAGGCAGCAGAUGAAUAUGAGAGAGAAUACCGUCCGGAAUAUGAGCGCCUGCGUCAGGCUGCGGAGGAGGAGCAGAGGAAGGAGCAGCAGGAGCAGUUAAACAGACUGCACAGGGAUAUGGGAUCUGUGUCUCUGGAUCCUGGACAGCCCGCCGGUGAAGACGAGGAGGCUGCAGGGCCAUCAGAUCUGAUCUUCACCCGAGGGAACGUGGAGGAUGAGGAAGCAGAGGACAGUGACACUGAUGAUAUCGAUCAUUCUGUGGCGGAGGCCAGGCUCGAGGAACCGGCUUUUCAGAACUUUCUCCAGCAGACACAGAACAAGUAUCGGGAAAAGGUCGGCAAAUGAUAGGUGACCCUUCCAGCUCGGAGGAAGGGUGAGGAUGUCGGCGGGUGAGUCGGCGUCCGAGGUCUGAAGACACCGGAGAUGUGCGGCACUGCGCGGCCAGGUUCCCUCUCACCUCCUCAGGACGCUGUUCUGCUACACAUUGGUGUGGAUGAAGUGUGAGCUUCUCGCCAGCACUCGCUGACUGCACAGAUAUCUGUUAUUUUACCUGCAAUAUGAAACACAAUCUUAUUUCUUAAAAAAAAACAAAAAAAACCCCCAAAAAAACAGUAGUAAUUAUAUUUUAGUGCGUUGUUGGAUGUACAGACUGGAGGGAGUGGAAGCAGCAGGACACCAUUGUAUGAAUAGAAUCCUGGGCUCAUACCAGUGUAAUGUUAUUUUUUGUUAUAAAUAAAAAUAUUAUGUUUUAAACAA